CAUAUACACUGUUAGUCCUGCGCGUUGGCCGUUCAGCAAGAAAAAGUAAAAGUGAAAAUCUGGCCCUUGAAAUUUGUGGAUUAUUCAUUAAUAAUGCAUGAUUAAUAAUAAAGAAUAAAUUGUGCGCGUGUCUUUUGUUUAUUUUGGAAUACAAACGGUUACGAUACUUGCAAUUAUUGCGCGCGAGUGUGUCAUAGAACAAAAAUAGAGUAUAAAGACGCGAAUCCCAGUUUGGAUUUUGCAAUUCCUGGUGUGCUGUAAUCUAUAAUUGCGAUAUACUACUACACAUAGCACAAACACACGCACAGCUCAUGAUUGUAUACGUAUACGAGAACAAGCAGCCAAACAUAUACCAAUAAAAGCAACGACCAAGACGCCCCCACAUUGCCCUUGAGCUGGCGUUGUAGAAGCAUUCGAUUUUUUACAACAAGACGUGAAAAACUCGAGAGAAAACCCCACAACGACUGACGCGCUUACUAUACUUAAUAAAUACACAUAGACGCAUAUACAAAUAACUACAAUAAAAACAAAUACAUUUAGCAACGGAAAUGGAUGUACUCAAUCAAAUUCUCAACAUUAAUGCUGGUGGCGCCUAUGGCGGAGGCAAGGCAGGUGGCGCCUUCGACCCCGUCACAUUUGCCAUGAAACCUCAAGUUGUCAUACGUGCCCUCUGCUGGCUCUUUUCCAUCGUCGUAUUUGGUUGCAUAUCCUCCGAGGGUUGGGUGGAAAAGGAUGGCAAAGAGUAUUGUCUAUACAAUAACGAUGGCAUGGCCUGUAAAUUUGGCAAUACAAUUGGCGUUUUCGGCUUUCUCGCCUCAAUGGGCUUUAUUGGAGGCGAGUUUCUGUUCGAGCGCAUGUCAUCGGUGAAGAGCAGAAAGCGUUACGUCAUGGCGGAUAUGGGAUUCUCUGCUGCUUGGGCAUUUUUCUACUUCAUCGCGUUCUUCUAUUUGUGGUCCCAGUGGAGCUCAGCUCCCAUGCCACCCUAUGGCAUUGGAGCCGGAAGCAUGAAGACAGCUAUUGUCUUUUGCUUCUUCAACAUCUUCAGCUGGGCCUUGUGUGCAUUUAUGGCUUACAAACGUUUUCUGAUUGGCGCUGGUGAUGAGUUCACCUCGGCCUUUGAGACUGAUCCGGCCAAUGUGGUGCAUCAACAGGCAUAUAGCUACUCCAUGGACAAUGAUAAUGAGCAGUAUAGCGCCUCACCAUUUGGCCAGCCCCAGCAGGGCAUGGAGCAACAACAGCCGGGCAUGGAGUAUCAGCAACCCACCUACUAAACGAAGCGAAGUGUAUUUGUUAGCCUCAGUUGCGGGCAAGUUGUGCUCCUCAUCCGUUUUCGAAACCCCUUGAUUGGUAGCGCAAAUGGCAAAUACAAUUUAUACACCAACUAUUUACAACUAUAGUACACAUGUUGGGAUAACUUAAUACACCGAUGUGAAGCAUAUACGAACAACAACAAAAACAAAACAAAACAACAACAACAAGAACAAUGCCAUUCAGCGAGCUUUAGCGAGCAUAAAAGUUUAGGAAAGCUGAAAACAAAACUGCUUAGUUAAAAAGCCCUAUCCUUAUACAGAAUAAUAUUAAUGAUAAUAAUUUAUAAGCUAGCCCCUUAAGUUCAGUGUGCAGUUUUUGUAGUGAAAAUUUGUUGCAAUACUUAUAUACAAUUAUGAUAUAUACAUACAUACUACAAAUACUAUAUACUUAUGCUUUAAACGUUGUUAGUUAUUUAGUAGUAUAUGUAUUGUAUUGUAAUCAUUAUUCUUGUGCAAGGCCCUGGCCCUCAAUACUCAAAUACUCAGUUCUGGGUUUUGGCUUGUUUACGAUGACAAUAGCUUGACAACAAAACGUAUAAAACAAAAAAACGCAAAAUAGCAAGCAAACAUGUUUUUUAGAAAAAUUUACACACGCCAGUACAGUAAAAUAAUAUAGUAAUUGAACCCACACUAGUUAACUAGCAGACAUCAUGGAAAACUGCUCAAAACAUAUCCAUUAUACAACCGCUUUCUUCUACAUGCGUUUUCUCUAUUGAUCUCUAUUUGCAAAAUGGUUCUUUGUAGUGCCCGAAAGCUACAAGAUCCGUGGCCAGGGUCGCUUUAACUUAGCGCAUUGAUAAAAACAAUAAAAAACAAAAUAAAACUCAACGCCAAAUUGUAAAUUCUUAAAUUGAACAAAUGAUGGUUAAACUAAAAUAGAGUGUGAAAAAAGCUCAGAAAAAACGUAUUUACAAAAAUAUAUUUUAAAUGAGUUUUGCCUUGGGGACGAUUUUAUCAACUACAAAGCUUAUAAUUCUUAUACAUUUACAGUAAUAUUGCAAGUGUUUUGAAAAUCAAACGAAUUUUACUGUAUGCAAAAGUAUGCUGGAAUUCUUGUUUAUAAAUUGUUUUUAAUUCGUACUGGAAUGAUCUGUUUACUUUAUUUGCAUAUUUGAAUAUCAGUAUUAAACCAUUAAUCGAAUAUUCGUUUGAAAUGUGAUUUGUUUAAGUGCGCUACUUACCUAAUUUUAACGUAUAAACUUAAUUCAUUUCGAGAAGACCCCAAGGCAAUUGUUGACCCAAAUAUAAAAUGUAUAGUAAAAUAAAAUGAAAUAGUAUUUCAACUAUGCAAUAAAAAAUACAUCAAUAUCAAUGAAUGUAAACAUAUUUAAUGAAUAAACGUAAAUGUUUGUUUAAAGCAUCAUAAAACAAUUAUGAAGAACUAUGAAAAUAUUUGUUAAAUAAAAAUAUAAAUACAUUUAUAUAUGUAUAUUAUAUAUUUAUGUAUUGUACAUUAUAUAAGCCAGCUAUAUGUAUGUUGUAUGUGCAAAAGGCUAAGCAAAAACAAUUGAAUAAAUUUAACUAUUCUAUAUUUUAAUUUAUCAAUGGAAAAGAAUAAAAUGCUACAUAAUCGUUUAAAGUUUCGUAUUGUAGUUCACUUGACGAUAACAAAACUGUCAGAAAACAUGCAACUGAAACAAAAUUUGGAAUGCUCUCGCUCGAUAAAACGAGAUCAGAUAAUUUUUGAAGCGAACCAAAUAACACAAAUUCAUAACAAAAAUUUUAAAUUAUUUACGUAGAAAUCGUGAGCGUUAAAAAUUUAAAUACAUUAUUGCAUUCAAUGGCACACUCAAGUUGACAACCCAAUAAUACUAAAACCAUAAUUUAUAAAAUUAAA